UAUGGCAAGUUAAAGCUAGCAGCUUUACGUCAUAGAGCCAAAAGAAGAAGCAAUUAAAUAUACACACAAUUCCAGCAUCGAAGGUCGAGUAAGUAGAGUGUUCUUGUCAAUUAGAGCAAUAUGGAGGGUGUGAAGGAUUUGGAGAGUGAUUUAGAGGCCAUGAGACAGUAUUUUAGGAGUGGAAAGACCAAAGAUGUAGCAUGGAGGCAAUCCCAGCUGAAAGGAUUGCUCUCGUUUAUUAAGGAAAAAGAGAAUGAGAUCUUCAAGGCUUUAAAGGAAGAUUUAGGGAAGCAUCAUGUUGAGGCAUACAGAGACGAGGCAGGGUUAUCGACAAAAUCCAUCAAUUUUGCACUGCACGGAUUAAAAGAAUGGAUGUCAGGCAAGAAGGCCACGUUGCCAAGAGUUGCCCUGUUAUCAUCUGCAGAAUUGGUACCUGAACCUCUUGGUUUUGUCCUAAUUAUUUCAUCAUGGAAUUUACCUUUUGGACUAUCCUUGGAACCGCUGAUAGGAGCAAUAGCUGCAGGUAACACGAUGGUUUUAAAACCUUCGGAAUUAGCUCCUGCAAGUGCUUCUCUUCUAGCAAAUGCUUUGCCAACUUACCUAGACAAUUCAGCUGUCAAGGUUAUCCAAGGAGGACAAGCUGUGGGUGAACGUCUCCUACAGCAGAAAUGGGACAAGAUCUUUUUUACAGGAAGUGCACGAGUAGGACGAAUAAUUAUGUCAGCAGCUGUGAAUCAUCUCACACCUGUUGCUCUAGAAUUGGGAGGUAAAUGCCCUGCUGUUGUGGAUUCUUUAUCAUCUUCAUGGGAUAAACAGGUGACUGUGAACAGAAUUUUAGUGUCAAAAUUUGGAGCCUGUGCUGGUCAAGCAUGUAUAGCAAUUGAUUAUAUCUUGGUGGAAAAAAGAUUUGCUUCCACCUUGGUGGAAUUAAUGAAAGUUCUGAUCAAGAAAAUGUUUGGUGAAACCCCAAGAGAGACAAAUACUGUUGCAAGAAUAGUCAACGAACAACAUUUCUUGAGAUUGAAGAAUCUUCUAAGCGACUCAGCCGUGCGAAAUUCCGUUGUCUAUGGAGGGUCAAUGGAUGAAAGAAAUCUGUUCGUUGAGCCAACAAUCCUGGUAGACCCUCCACUUGAUGCAGCAAUAAUGACAGAAGAGAUAUUUGGUCCUUUGCUUCCCGUAAUCACACUGGACAAGGUUGAGGACAGUAUUGCUUUUAUCAACUCAAAGCCUAAGCCACUUGCAAUUUAUGCCUUCAGCAACAAUGAAAAAUUCAGGAGAAGAAUUUCAUCUGAAACAUCAUCAGGAAGCUUGGUAUUCAACGAUGCGGUUAUUCAGUAUGCAGCUGAAGGCUUACCAUUUGGAGGGAUUGGAGAAAGUGGGCUUGGCAAGUAUCAUGGGAAAUUCUCAUUCGACACGUUUAGCCACUACAAGGCAGUGACAAAAAGAAGCUUCCUAACUGAUUUUUGGUUCAGAUUUCCUCCAUGGAAUGAUUACAAGCUGUUGCUUUUGGAAGCGACUUACUAUUCUGACUAUCUUGGAAUGCUUCUGGUCAUUCUUGGCUUAAAGAGGCGAAGAUAGACAGGACUCCGAUGGCAUGUAGCAGUUCUCUUGCCUCAAUAUUGAGUCUCCCUGGAUGAAUCUGCACAGCCAAAAUCAGCAACAAUGACUCCGGAAUAGAGUCAAUGAACCUUUCCAAUUAUAUUAAGUCUCGUAACGUGGAUUGUAUCCAAUUAAAAGACUCUUUUGUUCGAUUGGUGCAAAUUUUCUUUGUAUCUUGUUCACAAAUCUAGCCAUUUGUAAUAAUGACCCAACUCCUAUAAAAUCCAAGAUGAUGCUGGAGAUUGUUUUAGAUGCUGAGAAAUUGUGUUACAAAUUCCAUCUCUUUUGGUUGAAAAAUAA